GAGCAGUAACAGAAGAGGAGGAGAGUGCCUCUGGACGAAAAUAACCAGUGUUCCGCAGUUAAUAGCUAUACUUCAGGCCUUGCUCGCUGACAGCUUCUGUCGAUGUCCUAAGGUGCACACAGCUGUGCUGAGAAGGACAGGCAGCACUACAACAUCCACUCUCAGAUUCAUGAUGUUACAUCAACAGCUAGUACUUAUUUUUGGAAUAUCACUAGCUAGAGAUAUAUUUGCAUCUGGAAGCUGUUAUUCAGAAGCUCAAGUCGCCGUGUAUUAUUUCUGCAACCUCACAGGUAUUCCACCUGUGCCAAAGAAUACCGUGAAGCUUUUGCUAAGUUUCAACUAUAUCAGACAAGUGACUGCAACUUCAUUUCCACUGCUGGAGCAUUUGUCGGUGUUGGAAAUUGGAACACAACAUGUCUUUCCCGUUAACAUAGGAAAAGAAGCUUUCAGGAACCUGCCAAACCUUCGUGUCUUAGACUUAGGACAAAAUAGGGUUCUUCAGCUGGAUCUAGAUGCUUUUGUGGGCUUGACAAGUCUGACUGUACUCCGGCUGUUUCAGAACAACCUUGGAGAUUCCAUCCUGGAGGAGCGUUACUUUCAAGAUUUGAGCUCAUUAGAAGAAUUGGAUCUUUCAGGGAACCAAAUCACAAAACUUCAGCCUCAUUCCUUAUUCUAUAAUCUAACAGUCUUGAAAAGUGUGAACCUGAAAUUCAAUGCCAUAUCCAACCUGUGUGAAAGCAAUCUUACCAGCUUCCAAGGAAAACACUUUUCAUUUUUUAGUCUCAGUUGUACUAGUUUAUAUAAGACUGAUGAAACGGUCUGGGCCAAAUGCCCAAAUCCUUUCAGAAAUAUUACAUUUAACUUACUGGACAUUAGUGAUAAUGGCUGGAGCACAGAGAAAGUCCAGUAUUUCUGUACAGCCAUUAAAGGGACUCGAAUCGAUACUUUAAAUUUUAGCUUUCAUACAAUGGGCUCAGGAUUUGGAUUCAAUAACUUAAAAAAUCCAGAUGAGGAUACAUUUACAGGGCUAGCAAGAAGUGAUCUUCAUGUGCUUGAUAUUUCCAAUGGUUACAUUUUCUCUCUCAAUUCACUAAUCUUCAAAAGCCUUGGUAAUCUGGAAUCACUAAACCUUUACAGAAACAAGGUGAAUCAAAUCCAAAGGCAAGCAUUUUUUGGUUUGGGAAAACUAAGAAUUCUCAAUCUCUCAAGUAAUCUUUUAGGUGAGUUGUAUGAUUAUACUUUUGAGGGGCUACACAGUGUAAUGUACAUUGAUUUGCAGCAAAACCAUAUUGGGAUGAUUGGUCAAAAAUCAUUCAGUAAAUUAGUAAAUCUGAAAAUAAUCAAUCUCGGAGACAACGCCAUUAAAAAACUCCCUUCCUUUCCGCAUCUGACGUAUGCCUUUUUAGGUGACAAUAAGUUAACAUCUGUAGCUGGCACAGAAAUAGCUGCAACAUAUCUUGAAUUAGAGAGAAAUUGGUUGGCAGAUCUGGGUGAACUGUAUACUCUUUUCCGAGUUCCAGGUGUACAGUAUAUCUUCUUAAAACAGAAUCGCAUCUCUUAUUGUGAGAAAAGUGUUACUGUUAUAGAAAACAAUCAGUUAAUUUUUAUGGAUCUAGGAGAAAACAUGUUACAGCUUGUGUGGGAGACAGAUUCAUGUUUGGAUGUGUUCAGGCCACUGUCCAAACUUCAGGUUCUACUUCUGAACAACAACUACCUUAGUGCUCUUCCACAGGGAAUUUUUAGAGGCCUAAUAUCUCUACAAGGACUUAAUCUGGCUUCCAACCUCUUGUCUCAUCUCUCUCCUGGGAUUUUUCCACAAAGCCUAAGAUACCUAAACUUGUCUAGAAACCAGCUUUUUUCCCCUGAGCCUGAAAUCUUUAUGUCUUUGAGUAUUCUGGAUAUAUCACAUAACAACUAUGUCUGCGAUUGUACUUUAAAGAGCCUAACAGUGUGGCUAAAUGAAACCAAUGUGACUCUAGCUGGCUCACAGUCUGACAGGUACUGUGUGUACCCACCUACAUUGGCAGGGGAACCACUGUCAUUUCUGACAUAUAAUUGCAAUGAAGAUGAACUCCAGCAGACACUCAGAUUCUCAGUAUUCGUCUUCACGUCCAUCACCCUUCUAAUGUUUUUAAUGGCAGCCAUCAUUUUUACUCGCUGUCGGGGGAUUUGUUUUGUCUGGUAUAAAACUAUCACAAAAAAAAUGAUAGACAGCCAUCAACCAGCAGCAGAUACAAGUGAAUACAAGUAUGAUGCAUAUUUGUGCUACAGCAAAAAUGAUUUUGAAUGGGUCCAGAAUUCUUUGCUAAAGCACCUGGAUUCACAGUAUUUUGAUAAAAACAGAUUUACCUUGUGCUUUGAGGAACGAGAUUUCUUGCCUGGGGAAGAACAUAUCAACAAUAUUCGUGAUGCCAUUUGGAACAGCAGAAAAACAAUUUGCAUUGUGACCAGACAGUUUCUCAAAGAUGGGUGGUGUGUGGAAGCCUUUAAUUUUGCCCAGAGCAGGUACUUUAGUGAUCUGAAAGAUGUCCUCAUUAUGGUAGUAGUUGGGUCACUUUCUCAGUAUCAACUGAUGAAGCACAAACCAAUUCGAAUCUAUUUACAAAGGAGUCAAUAUCUGCAAUGGCCUGAAGAUUAUCAAGAUAUAGAAUGGUUUUUAAGUAACCUUUCUUGCCAAAUUCUGAAGGAAAAAAAAGUGCAAAGGAAUGUCGAUGGUAUAGAGCUGCAGACUGUAGCGACACUCUCACAUUGACAGUGUAUGGGUUGCUGGCUUUCCAGAUACCCUCUUUCUAGCUGUGCCAUGGCAGGAAGAAACAGAAGCUUUGCUUCAUUCUUCCAUGAAGAAGCAGGUAGAAACAUAACUUUCAGUUUUAAUCCUACUAAACAUAGAAACAACUUGAAAGCAACCAGCAAAUACAAGGAAGUGAAAUUAUUUUAUGGACUAUGGCACCCAUUUUCAGAAGAAUUAAUGAAUCACAAAUGUCUCACAUUUCUCACAUUUUGGAUGCUUAGUUUCAAACAACUUAAUUCUACUUACAGAGUGCUACAUACUUACAGGUCUCUGUUUCAGUGAGAGGAGAAAGGGAGGAAGCCCAUACUUUUUUUUUUUUUUUUUCUAAAAAAAGAGUCCAUUGUACUGUGUAUGACCCGCAUAUGUUUUCAUGUAUAGCCUAACGUGAUCAUUGGUUCAUUGAUUACUUGCUCCUGCGCUUUCUCAACUCUGUAAGUUUUCAUGCCCUGUUUCAAAGUAGCAUUAGUGCUUUACACCUUUAUGCUUUAAAUCGGUGUUACACGGAUCUUAUUUAUAUGUUCUCUAUUAAAUUAUCCACAGCUUCUCAACUGCAAUGUACAACUUUUGAAUUACAUUCAUCCCCUUCCCCUCCACAACUUCUCUG